AAUGAUUGGCAAGCGGUGUGUUGUGAUAUUUGUUUAUAAUAUUUGUAUGUAAAUUAUACAGACCUGUUUCAUUUUAUGAAAACAUUUCACCAAUACUCUUACAUUCCAAUAGCAAUUGCUACUUCUCUGUUCGUAGACUGAAAGAACGAUGAUGUAUUUGCCUCCAGCGACAGAAAAUGGGCAUUGGGCAGUAUGAGUGUAGGCUGAUUCCAGAACGUUGAGGAGGAAGUAUUAUGGAUUGUGUGAAUUCAUGCAAUAGCGCAAAAUGAAAUAACUUUGUUAUUUGCUCAGGAGUCUUCAGCACCUCGGUAGUCUGUUUAGCCCGUGUGUGUGUACCUUUCCGUUUAAAAGGUGACUGGCUGGAUCAAUGAAAGAAGGAAUUGCGUAGAUGAAAGACUAGUUUUUUGAUGCUCCUAGUGGAAAGUAGGGAUGUGGAUCAAACUAAAAAAGAAGUUCAGUUUAGUGUUACUUGUGUAAUGUAGAGAUUGCGCAAGCUGUAGGAGCAAUUACAGUUGUGAGGUAAGCUUUUAGGAUUAAUUGUUUACAGUGUCUUCACCGUUAUAAAGUUGAUGAUGGUACCACACUUUAGUGGUAGUAAAUGAUCAGGUACAGCCUAUAGCAAAUCACACAGUCUGAAAUUUGUGACUGUGUAGUUAGCAUAAUAUUUUAGGGCCUAUAAAAAUUGUUAUGGGCUGGACAAGUGACGAAGAAGGUGAAACAUCAGCACAUGCAUCGGAAUCAGACAGCCUUGAAGACUUGCGACCACUAAAAAAGGCAAGAUAUGUAUGGCAGAUUAAAGGAAAAUAUCACCUAAAAAAGUCAGAAGAGGAACGUUCAGUUAUACGAGGAGGCCCUGUACGUUGCACAUGCAGUGAGUUUCCAAGUACAAGUAAAGAUGCACAUGUGAUUGAUCAGCCUCCAGAUAGGAAGCCAACAGUAUCUGUAAAUCCAUUCUUUGGCAUUUACCCAGUGGAGAUGCCACAACCUCACACACAAAAUGUAUGGCAGCUACACAGAUGGCAAGCAAGGCAAGUGGCACGCUGUUUUGUGGACAACACUAUAAAUCGUGUUCUUGAAGACAUGGGCUUGGUACCACUGCCUCCUGGAAAUGUUCCUCCUCCACCGCUUCUUGAGGAUGGCACAGAGCAAAGUUCAGUCGACAGCAGAGGAGGUGGACAUACUGAGCUAGAAGAUGAAGCUGUACUGAUGGCAAUACACAGUCAUGGUCUGCAGCGGCCUUCCACAUUGACUCAGCAGCAGCGUCACCGCCAGACAGUUCCUGUGUGUUCAGCCCCCACAGAGCCUGUGGUAGCUGAACAUGGUGAUUUCCUGGAUGCAGCAGUGGCUGUUGCCAUUGAAAAGAAAGGACUUGGUACUUUAUCAGCUGCCACUGCUGCAGCUACUGCCGGUGCUGAAACUGGAUGAUACAACUGAUGUGUUAAGCACCAUACUCUUUCCUCUGCAGUUGCUUUUCAGCAGUUUGAAUGACAGUUGCGGAGAUACUAAAUGACGGCCAAAGAAUUUGUGGAGCCUCUCAAAUAGUUUAGCUUUCUUUGUUACAGAGAAAUUGAUGACCUGCAGUGAAAUUAAAUGUAAAAAAAUCUAAAUUACUAACUGCUUACAUAAUAUCAGUGCUCUUAAUAUGAAACAAUGUAGCUACUUAUAAGGAUGUAUACUUGAACAUAUACAUUAAUGAGAAUGCUUGGAUGGUACGUAAAAUUUUCAUUUAUAUUUUGAUAAUGCCAAUCGGAAAGGUAGACAAUGAAGAAACAUUGCAAAACGAAUAUUUAUUGUUCAGAGCAACCCACUUCACAUUAUACAUCACAGUUCUGUAAUGGCAGGUAUAGAUACUGUACAUUAACUUCCUUAGUUGAUAUGUUUGUAUAUGGGGCACUAAUACUGUUCCAAUAUUGGAACACCCUGGGACAGUUUCAUCUGAUUAUAUCUCACUUAAUUGUGUUGAGAAAUAUUUAUAGCAUGUAGUUGUGACAUACUGUUCCUAUGGCUAUCUAUAUUUGUAAUUCUUUAUUACAGCUACAAAUGAAGUUUCUUCUAAGGGCUUCUUUCAUAUAUGGACAGCUUGCCUAGGAGCUUUAGAUAUGCAUUUGGAAAAAUGUUUUUGUGAGAAUAUAGUGUGUGAUAUACUUUACAGUCAGUUGCAGGCAUCAUAGCAAAUUACUAGAAGAUGCUACCAGAUAUGCGUUAUGGGAAUUGCAGCAGUGAAAAAGGCAUGUCAUUGCUUUCUUUGCAGUACCAGCAGCCAGAAUCAUUUUUCUGUUUCAUCUUGUUCAUUGUGAGUGCUUUUUGUAAAUUUCUGAAACACUUGUGUAUACGACUAAGUGAAUAAACAGAUCUUUGCAUA